CAACGUUUCGAAGUUCGCUGACUCUCUCUGUUGUUGUGUGCGUGCGCGUUUCUUCUCCCAAAAACCAAACCCCACUCUCUUCUCUUCUCCUUCCAGUGAUCGAUCGGAGAUGAAGAUUAACGUCAAGACACUCAAGGGCACUCACUUUCAGAUCCAAGUUAACCUACAAGACUCGGUUGCUGAUGUGAAGAAGACUAUAGAGGUGGCGCAAGGUGCUGGUGUUUACCCUGCUGCGCAGCAAAUGCUUAUUCAUCAGGGGAAGGUGCUGAAGGAUGACACAACCCUGGAAGAGAAUAAUGUUGCUGAGGAUAGUUUCGUGGUCAUCAUGUUGAGCAAGAAUAAGGUAUCAUCAAGUGGAGCCUCAACUGCUGCAGCGGCACCACCAAAUCCGGUGACGGCUCCCCAACCUGCAAGUUCUGUGCCUCCCACCUCAUCAACACCAGAACCUCCCACUUCAGCUGUAGGACAGGGAGCCUCCAAUUCUGAGCAAAGUCCUGUUAUAACUCCUCCAACUGCUGCUGUGUCCAGCGUAUAUGGCCAAGCAGCUUCAAAUCUCAUUGCAGGAAGUAAUGUAGACCCUACUGUUCAACAGAUUCUUGAAAUGGGGGGAGGAAGUUGGGAUCGGGAUACUGUUAUUCGUGCUCUUCGUGCUGCAUAUAACAAUCCGGAACGAGCUGUUGAAUACCUCUAUUCUGGCAUUCCUGAACAAGCUGAUGUGCCAGCAGUUGCCAGAUCACCCAGUGUUGGGCAGGCAGAAAACCCAUCAGUCCAGCCUCCUCAACCAGCUGUGCCUACUGGUGGGCCCAACACCAACCCACUCAACCUGUUUCCCCAAGGCAUUCCCAAUAUGGGUGCAGAGGACAAUGCAGGCGACUUGGAUUUCUUGCGCAACAAUCAACAGUUCCAAGCCUUGAGAGCAAUGGUGCAAGCAAACCCUCAAAUCUUGCAGCCCAUGCUUCAGGAACUGGGAAAACAAAAUCCUCACCUAAUGCAGCUCAUUCAAGAGCAUCAAUCUGACUUCCUGAAUCUUAUAAAUGAACCUGAAGGAGAAGAGAACCCAUUGGCUGCUGGGAUGACUCAGGCCAUCACUGUCACCCCUGAAGAGAAUGAGGCCAUUCAACGGCUUGAAGAUAUGGGAUUUGAUCGUGAUCUCGUGUUGGAAGUGUUCAUUGCAUGCAAUAGAAACGAGGAUCUGGCAGCCAACUACCUAUUGGAUCACCAAAAUGAGUUUGACGAUUAGUUGAAAUUCUAGUUCAUCUUCUCUGACUGUGGUCUUUCUUGUGUCCAGCAUUUUUCUGUGCUGGCACUUUAGUUCAUUUGUUUCUCUUCUGAACUCGUUGGACAAAGUCUUGAUGUUAAUAUUUCAUGUCUUUUAUUGUCUUGGGGAACUAUACCUUUUGUAGGUUAUUUGACAUUAUUGACUAGAGAAUAGAAUCCCGAUGGUUACACAAGGUUAUAGGUUUCUUUA